AUGCAUCAACACCUGCUCCACCACUCCCGGAUGUGUAGCAGUCGCAUUCUCAGGAGUGGCUUGCUAUAUGAAAUCACGUGUGGGGACUCCCAUGAACAAUCCAGUUUGGGGAGCUCGAGUCGUUGCAGCAGCAGCAGCCUCCUUCUCGUCAUCAACAUCGACUGCUGCGUCGACACUGGCAUCACUCGUCCCAUCAUCAUCAGCAUCAUCGUCAUCAAGCUCGUCAAGCUCGUCAAGCUCAUCAAGCACUUCACAAACCCGCCUACCAACCACAACAACCACGACAUCAUCAUCUUCCCCUAG